AUGAGACGGAUGGAAGGAACUGAAGGCUUCUGUAGGUUAUGCAGGAUGUGGCUACUGCUGACCAUGAUCAUUGUGCAAGGGCAGGUGAAUCCAGAGGAAUUCAAACACAAGACAGAACUGAAUCCUGAACAGUUCAUGAAUAUCAGUGAGAAAAUCAAGUACUGGGGAUAUCCUUCAGAAGAAUAUGAAGUCCUUACCCAUGAUGGCUAUUUCCUGAAGCUGAACAGAAUUCGAGGAGGUUCUAAAUCUGCUGUACUUCUGAUGCAUUGUUUGGAUAUGGAGGGCAGUGUCUGGGUAUCAAAUCUACCUGAUAAUAGCCUGGGCUUCAUGCUGGCAGAUGCUGGAUAUGAUGUGUGGAUUGGAAAUAACAGAGGGAAUUCAUGGUCUAGAAGACACCAACAUCUCACAGUUGACCAACAAGAAUUCUGGGAUUUUAGUUUUCACGAAAUGGGUAUCUUUGAUCUUCCUGCCAUGAUAGACUUUAUUCUGCUGGAAACUGGACAACAACAAAUUUAUUACGUUGGCCAUUCUCAGGGAAGCAGUAUAGCUUUUGUGGCAUUUUCUGAAUUGCCUCAUCUGGCUGAAAAAAUUAAGAUUUUUUUUGCCCUGGCACCAGCGUAUAAUUUACAAGGCCUUGUAAGUCCCAUAAUGCAGCUGCUACGUUUGCCAGAUAUAUUGAUAAAGCUUAUGUUUGGGACGAAAGAAUUCUGCAUCAUGAGCGUGGGAUUGAGAGCAUUUGUUGCUAGAACAUGUGGCUACCGUCCGAUAGACUAUCUCUGCAAACAAGCUCUUAUGCUAUUUUCUGGAUUCAACGGGAAGAAUCUAAAUCAGAGUCGGACAGAUGUCUACAUUUCACAGUUCCCAGAUUUCACCUCUGUUAAAAAUAUCCUUCAUUGGGGCCAGGUAGCUAAAUCGGGGGAAUUCAGAUAUUUCGAGUAUGACCUAGGGCUGAUCGAUAAAUACAACAAGACUUCGCCUCCCUUGUAUAGGAUAGAAGACAUCACUGUGCCAAUAGCGAUGUGGCAUGGGGGACAGGAUUGGAUUUGCCAGCCUGUGGAAAUUGAUGCUUUGUUACCACGAAUCACUAAUCUUAUGCAUUACAAAUAUCUUCCUGACUGGAAUCACUUUGACUUCAUUUGGGGCUCUGAUGCUCCUGAACGUUUGUACAGAGAAAUCCUUCAUUUGAUGGAGAAGCAACUGUGA